AUGUCUCACGGGGCGCGAGUGAUCCGCACCGGGGUGAGCAGCGGGGGACCGGCCCCACCGGCCGCCACCGCCGCCUCCUCCUCAGCGGGCUCCGACGCGGAGCUCAUGGACGGCGCCUAUUUCCGCUCCUGCGCCGGCAUGCUGAAGGUGGCCCAGAUGAUCUCACUGCUGGUUGGAUUCAUCAGUGUAAAUAAUUCUCCGUGGACAGAUUACAGUGCAUAUAGCUACUUUCAGAUUGUCACCAUGUGCGACUUGGUUAUGAUUUUGUUCUUCUACAUUAUCCACAUUUUCAGAAUCUACAGGAAGCUCACUUGCGUUAGCUGGCCACUUGCGGAGUUUCUUCAUUAUUUAAUCGGUACAAUUCUGCUUCUCAUCGCAUCGAUUGUAGCAGCAUCCAAGAGUUACAAUCUGACUGGACUCGUGGCUGGAGCGACUUUCGGGUUCCUGGCUACAAUCCUUUGUGUUCUAAGCAUAUGGUCAUCCUACAAGGUUUCAUGCAUCACGCAGUCAACAAAUGCAUCUGUAUGAUUCCUUCAUCUCUGCAAGACCUCUGCCUUACAAAAUAGGAUACCAAAGAGGAGCGUCCACUACUGAGGAGAGAGCAUGGGUAUUUUGUUACUAGCCUGGACAGCCGGCAGCUUUUGAAGAUCUACUUGAAUGCCUAUGCAAAACAAUGUUGUGAACCAAAGGUUUUUUGCUCCCCCCACUUCCCCCCCUUCAAAGAAGUUUAUAAUGGAGAUCCUGCUUUUUAUGAGCUUUACAGAGAAAGACAACUUCUGUCUCACAAGCUGGGCUGUGGUCAUUUCCAGCUAUUUGCAAUAAGUGCAUGUAAAACUCAUUUGGAGAGUCAUUUGGUUCUCCUUUCAGAGGGAUGGAAAAAUUGCUUCUGAUUUCCUUCAUCUGUUUACAGAAGGGAAAUCCUGCAAAUUCCUACCUGAUUCUUAACUUCCAAGGAUGAUUUGUUUAACAAAGGAACUGUUACAAACUGAUUUGUGCCUGGAUAAGCUGACCCAGGUCUUUGUUACCUCUUUCUAUCAGAACUGUGGACUUUUUCUAACGUCAGCUCAGCCAGCAUCAAAAAUUAUGAACUGCAACUUGAAUACGUCACUGCAAACACUCCCUCCUAGCCCCAACAGUACAUGAUGAAAUCAGGUUUUUUCUCCAUGAAUUUUUACAGGUUAUUAACAAUCAAAGAUUGCUCUUAAAAACUUCCCUCUGCCCAAUACAGGAAAAUACGUACCCAAGAAUAUGUGUUUAAUGUUUUGUCAGAUCUUUUUUUUUCCUUUUCACAAAUAUUAAUUUCUAAAAUGGGUAUUUGUAAGGCCUGUUCUGUAGAAAAUUUCUGUGCAUUUCCUAUAAAUUAUUCUCUUGGGAGUCUAACAGUGUUUAUGGAAAGCCCAUUGUGAAUGGAGCAAUGGGCUUCUUUCUCUCUUACAUGUGGUUUGUCCCUUCCUCUGCCUCUGCUGGGAUCCAUGCUUUUGGAGACUCUGCCCGGAGCCUGGACAGGCAGAACAGUUCAGUUUUGUCCAACCUGGUAUUGUCAUGAAAUUCUAUGUAACUUCGAGGCUGAGACAAUGCCUUCUUUUCUUUCUCUCCUUUUGCAGUCUGUCUCUGGUGAGCUGGAAAUUCUUUCCCAGAAAAAGGGAAGUGCAGGCCCCUCCUCCUUGGUGCUUCCCUUUUCAUGUCUAGCUGUGAAGUAGAACUUGUACUUAUAAGCUGGUAUCUUCUGUCAGGACAAUGCAUGAUGGUGCAGCAGGUUUCUGUGAAAAGUAGGACUCAUACAGUUUACCAGGUCCAAUCCGGAGGAAAAAAGCAUUUUCUGGCCUGUUAUGCAUUUUCCUAUUUGACUGAAAUUCUGCGUCAAUACUGCUAAGUAAUUUAAUGGUCCUCUCAGAAAAUUCUUUUUGUGCCUCAUAGCAGGUCAUCAUACAUUGCCAUUUGUUGCCACCUUAAUUUUUUCUCUCAUCCUAAUAUACGUAUCUUUACUUUGAUUUUUUUUUUUUACUCUUUGACAAGAGAAAUUGGCCAACUGCUAAAGUGUCAAAAACUUUGAGUGAAUAAGUAAGUAAAUGAAAAUAACUGAGCAGAUGAUAACCUGGAAAGGUAGAAAUCCCCCUCCUCAUGGUGCACAGUUUCUGUGAUUCUUCUUGCUGUUCCUUUUCAUAAGUGCCCUAUUUACAGCAACAUAGAGCAGGAAACAAUUUGAAAGCGCAAAAGUCUGCUGUUUGUGGAUGAAGAUACAUAUACUCGCUCCAAGAUGAACUGCUUUAACAUGAAUAUAGAGGAUUAUUCAAAUAAAACUAUAUAACAGGCAGUUAUAAUGUUACUAAUUUCACAUUGACUAUUUUUUAUUUCUUUACAAUGUCCAACUUCGGCGUGCUUUUCUGCCCCAUACCUUCAGAUGACAUAUUUUGUCUUGGAAAUGGGUCACUUUUUUCUUUUUAACGACCUGAAUUGAGCAUGCCUCAAAGGCUCUCUGGCUUAAGAGAACAGACAUCCUUCUCAGCUAGAAAUCCACUGUCAGCAGAGUCAGUGAUGGUUCCUUGCCCAGCCCAUACAGGACUGGUCCAAAGGACAUACAUGACAAGGGACUUCAUUCUGGGCACUUUGAGUGAAAAUACCUGCAGAAGAAGGUACACAUACACACACACACGUAUUUUUUUGCAACGGGGUGCUUGAUCACCAGUUCUCCUGCCAAGACUGACUUAACUACAGUUUUUGGAAACCAGCACUCUGACUUAAAUUUGGACUGACAUGGUAGAUAUUUAAGGAUACAACCUCUUCUGUUCCCCCAGAGGAAAGAGAAGUGCGCUAUUUCUCCUUCACCUCCUGAGACAGAUGUCACCUCAGAUAGAUAGUAGGCAGCUUCCUACAAGCGUUAACCUCUCUUGGCAAUCUGUGGGAAACCAAUGUUCUGCUGCACACAGCGUGAAUGCAGCUGAGACCUCAGCACUGUGGUGGCAGUGGGGAGAAGCACCUGCUAAGAUACGGGGCUGGAGCCUGAGCUUGCUCUGAAGAAAAGGCUGUUUCCACUCUGCUGGAAUCGUGCCCCCUCUCCUGGCACUACACUAGCAUCAUUUUUUCAGGCUCCCACAUCACUCUGUCACUUGUCACCAUGUGGGGAAAAAAAAAAUUAAGGGGAAUUUCAUGCAGUCUGAUAACCAAAGAAUUUCUGAACUAUGCUCUGUGAUCAUCCAAAGAAUAUGUUUUGCUGCAAGUGCACUUGUUUAUAGUGGAUCAAGAGAAGUAAAUUACAAGGUCCCUUUUGGUGUGCCUAUCGACAGGUCUAAGGUAUACCUGCAGCUUUUGCUGUUAAUGACAGUGCUGGGUCCAUAGACCCACCAUAUGCUCUUAAUGCAGGAUGCUUUCAGGCUGGAAAACUGACUUUGCUGCCAAAGCUUCCUCGCUUUCCCCCAAUCCUCCUUGUGAAACAUGUCUACCAAAAAAAAGCACAGGUUUUGCUGGUAUCACCAGCUCUACCAGCGGUCUUUGAAUGACAGCUUUGUCUGGCAGGGACUUUGGCACCUCACUACUGUAAUUCUGCCAGCAAAAGUGUUUUAAGUUUCCUUCAGUGUCAACCUCGUUCUGAAAGCUCCAUCUGUCUGCAACUUUGUCAAAUAUGGGAUUCCAGCUGUUUUAGGAAUAAACUAUGUUCGCUAUUUGGAUG